UAUAGUCCAACAAAUAGAUUGCUAAAAUAAUAACAUUAUUUUAGCAUCGUCGACAUUGGAAAUUUGGGAGAUCUCUGGAACGAUACAAUUGAGGCAAAUCGAUUAAAAAGAUGAAAUUAGAUUAUAUAAGUAAGUGUCAUCAGUUGAGAACAGGAAAAAGAUUUUCGUCUUAAAAGAGAAUACAAGGCGUAACAAAUAAAAAUUCCGGAUUAUUUUUCGGACAAACAGCACCAAAGUCGACAUUAAAACAUAUAACAGAAAUACAGUUUAAGCUAACGAUAAGCCUUGAAACUUGCACUCAAGCGUUUGACAGGAGAAUAACAAAGCACAAUGGAAAAAAAUAUUUCUUCCAAAAUAAAACCAGAGGAUGUCUACACCGGAAAAGCAGACGCAUAUUAUGGAAAACUUAGCGCGCAAAUGACGAGAGUUGCUGAAAGGAUAUCCCGUUAUCAAAUAGAAGAAGAUAUCCCCAGCAAAUCUUGUUUCGAAAAAGAAGACAUCUCCAACAAAUCUUAUUCCAAAAUAGAAACAGAAUGUACUUCUAAUAUCUUAAAUAAAUCAGAUAUAUCAGAAUCAGGGAGUGAUGUCUUUAACACAGCAUCGAAAGUUCAGCUGAAUCCACCUUCAUAUAAUAAGUCAUAUUGCCGCACAAUGGAAAAAAAUAUUUCUUCCAAAAUAAAACCAGAGGAUGUCUACACCGGAAAAGCAGACGCAUAUUAUGAAAAACUUCGCGUGGAAAUAGCGAGAGAUGCUGAAAGGAUAUCCCGUUACCAAAUAGAAGAAGAUAUCCCCAGCAAAUCUUGUUUCGAAAAAGAAGACAUCUCCAACAAAUCUUAUUCCAAAAUAAAAACAGAAAGUACUUCUAAUAUCUUAAAUAAAUCAGAUAUAUCAGAAUCAGGGAGUGAUGUCUUUAAUACAGCAUCGGAAGUUCAGCUGAAUCCACCUUCAUAUAAUAAGUCAUAUUGCCGCUCAUACUUUAACUCGAGCACAGUUGAAUAUACCUGGGACAUGGAUCGUGUCAUUACUCAUCUUCAAAUUGCAAAACAAUUAUUUUCUGAAGAGUUUCCGGAAACAGCUCUAUAUAGAAUUAAACUAAGUAUUGAUAUUGAUACACAUGAUAAGUUAAACAACAAAGUAAAAUUUUAUUUACUUACUAAAGAAAAAUUUAUGGGUAUAUGCCAGAUUUCCCUUAUCUCUAAUUAUGCGGUAAAUUCUAACAAGGUAUAUCAUUGUUAUUCGUAUAAAGGUUCAAUGACAGAUAUGACAUUAUUAUGUGAACUUCCAAUUAAAUUGCUUGACACAGAAAUACUCUCUGAAGAAAAGAUCGUAAUCAAUUUCAAGUUCGAAAUUCUUCAUCAAUUUCAAAAUCAAAGUAUACACAUGAAUUUAACGACAAUAGAUACAAUAGUUCGCAAAAAUUUUAAUUUUAAUGAUAAAGAAUCGAUUACUUUUAUAGUAAAUAAAUCACGCUAUACUUUAUCCAAGAAUCGAUUACGUUGUAUCAGUAGUACGUAUUUUAACGAACUAUGCGAUCAGCUUGAAAAAAAUAAAACUAACGAAUUUGAGAUAAAAAUAAACGAUAAAAAGUUGUCAUUGGCUUAUGAAGAAAUGUUAUUAUUCAUUUUAACUGGUUCAUUACCGACGUCGCUUGAUUACCAUAAGCUCAAAUAUAUACUAAUAACAGCUGAUAAAUAUAAAGUAAACAAUCUUAAAUUAACAUGUGAACGCUACUUGUUACGUAUAAUUAAUAUUCAAAAUUCUGUCAAACUUAUAAUGCUUGCGUUUUCAUGUAAUGCAAAACUCUUAGAAAAAAAGGCAGCAACUUUUAUUAAAUUAUAUUUAAAGGAAAUGACGCGUUAUAACAACUUUUCUCAUUUAUCACAAAAAGAUAGAAACAAAAUAUUUGAAUCAAUUAAUAAAAUUAAUAUACCUUGUAGAUCUCAACUUGUCAAGUUUGAUCAUCUUGAACUGUAAUCUAAUAUGCAAUUUCUUAACAAUUUCCUGCUCAUUAUUAUUAUAUAAAUUAU